UUUACUGAAAAUCACAACAAUGAAGUGCAAAUUGGGCUGCCCAAUUUGGGCUCACACGUGUAAAUGUAAAAAGAAUAAAAAAAUUUCUUAUUUUCUCUUUCAUCUUCAUUUUGUUUCUCUUUCCUGUUUCUCUUUCUCUGAUUUUUUUCUCUCUCCUCUACUUCUCUUCUUCUCUUGCUUUUGGCGAUAUUCUCAAUUGGUACUUGAAUUUCUCUCUUUUCGAUCUUUAAUUUCUUCACUUUGAAGUUGAUUGUUGCUAAUUUCAGGUUUGUUUACUCAAUUUUAUUUCAUUUUAUUCAAUUUUGAAGUGUUUCGAUUUUUAGGGUUUCGUUGUUUUGGAUUUUUGUAGUUUUUGCAAUGGUGAAGAAGAAGGUUUCUAGUGAUGAUAAUGUUGCUCUAGGUUAGUGUUUGUUCUCAUUUUCGCAAUUUUUUUUUAUACAAUUUGUGCUAUGUUUGUUUAGUUGUGCGUUUUAAUCACUUGCUUUUGCUUAGAUUAGGUUUGUUUUGAGAAUUGCCUGCUAGGUGUUUGUAAAAAUGUCCAAAUGAAAAAUUGCAUGUUCAUAGUAGUACAAUUGAUGAAUGCAUUUUGUGUAUGAAUUUUAGGUUUUUUGCUACUAUUUUCGUUUACGGUUUGAUAUAAAUUAAAUGAUGCAUUUGAUUUUAGUGUGGCAAACAUGGUGGAUAUGUUUAUCUUUUUGUGUUGCCUGUAUAUAUUUGGUACAAUCUUACAUCUUAACCAAAUGAAGCUGCCAUUCUCUACCAUUCUUGUCAAAUUUUGUCAAAAUUUCUGUUGUGAUGUUUUUUUUUAAAUUAAUUGGUAGGAUCUAUCAAAGGUUUUCGUUAUAGUAGAGCUCAGAAAGCAGUAAAUAAAAUGAAUGCAGGAGGAAAAAAGAUGUUGAAAGGUGAAGGAAGUACAUCCAAGGGAAAUAAAAGGAAGAGGCAUGAAAAAGAGGAUGACGAGUAAGAUUUUAUGUUUUAGAAUGUUGUAUAUUUGCUAUACUUUUGUGAAUGGAAUUGUGACUUUUGUAAGAGUAUAGGUAACUUUGAUUAAUAGGACUGUUUUUAUGUGAUUUUUGUGUCAAUAUAUUAAGUGUUACUUUUGUGAGUAUAUCUUUCACUUUUGUAUGUAUCAAUGUCACUUUUGUGAGUGCAAGUAUCAUUUUGUGAAAAUUUUGAUAGUAAUCACUUUUUUUAGUAUUAUAUCCAUUUAAUGAGUGUCAUGACUCUCAUGAGUAUCAUUUUUUGUGAUUAUGAUUGUCACUUUUGUGAGAAUAAGUAUAAAAAUUUGUAUAAAUGUUCAUAAUUCAUGUUUAAUUUUAUAUGAUAAUUAAAAUUUCAGUAUAUAAGUAUGUUAUUAUCAUUUUUGAAUGGUAAGCAUCUUUUUUUUUGUUUUUUCAGGCCUGAUAGGAAAAUUACAUGUCAUUGUAGACCUUCUUCAUUAGUUAAGAUUAUAAGUGGGCUUUCUCCGACUCAAAAAAAACAUGUAGAAGAGGUUGGAUUUGGUGGUUUGUUGUCUUUACGUGUGGAGAGUAUGGUUGGAGGUAUACUUCCUUGGCUUGUUGAGAGUUUUAAUGGAUAUACUUGUAGGUUUUGUGUAGCUGAUGGUAAGGAGUUUGUUGUGACUAAGGAUGAUGUGUGUGAUGUUUUUGGUUUGCCUAAGGUAGAAGGUCGUGAGGUUCCUGAAAUGAAGGGUAGUUACAAAGGUCAAUCUCAAGAUGAUAGUACAUUGAAAAAUAAAUGGAGAGCUUCUUUUGAUGUUGGUGUUAAGGAGUUGAUACCUUUGGCUAGAUUAGAAACUAGGAUCAAGGAGUUGGUGGAUGGAGGUGAUGAAUUUAAGAGGUUAUUUGUUAUGCAUGCUCUUAGUAGUAUGCUUGUUCCUACCGCUAAUAGGACUGUUAAUUUUAGGUUAGUUAAUGCUGUGGAUGAUGUUGAUCAGAUUAAAUCUUGAUUGGUGUUUAUUUGUUUUGAGAAAGUUGAUGAAUUCUAUUGUUAGUUACAAAAAUUCUGAGGCUAAAGAUAGUAUUAGUGGAUGUUUGUUGUUGCUUAAGAUUAUGUAUUUUCAUCGUUUGAAUUUCCAAGGUGUAAUAGAGAACUCCACUAUUCCUCUUAUCCAACACUGGACAGAUAAAAAAGUGAGAAACAGGGUGUCCUUGGAGUUGAAGGCUGCUGGAUUUGGUCAGGGGGUUUUGAAUGAAUUGACUUAUCCAGUUUCUGCUAAGCGUGUUGAUUCGAAUGUUAACAACUUAAGUAAGGGUGAAGUUGGUGCGGUUCCUAUUGAUGAUGAUAGAAGAUGUGUGACUUUCGAUUUUCCUGAAGGAGUAUUAACUGAUUCUGAGAUCAAAAGUGUUGCAACUGAUGAUUUGCAUGAGGCGUUUCUUUUUAUGAAAAGGAACAUGGAGUUGUUUUCAUAUGUGAAUUCCAAUUGUUUUAGUACUUUGAAACGGUUGGUGCAUAGUCGUUUUGUUGAACAUUCUGUUUCUUUGGAUGCUGAUUCUAUUGAGUUGUCUCAAACACAACAACUUUUGUCUAACCUGUAUUAUCAUAAGCUUAUUGAUGACUUAAUUUAUGAGUUUAUAAAAAUGAAGUCAGUGGAUGAGUUAUUUAAAGUUGAUGCAAGUACUUCAUCAAAGUCUACCCUACAAGAUGGUGGAGAUGGUGGUGGUGGAGAUGGUGGUGGCAGAGGUGGUUCAGUCAUGAGAACGAAUAAAAGUUUGUGUUCUUUGGACUGUGGUGAAAUUGAUGGUCAGAGUGUAGUGUUUGUUACGCCAUUUAUGAAAAGUAAUUCUCGUGCUUUUAGUGAAAAAUUACCUCGAUUAUAUUUAGAAGCUCUUGAUUAUUGUCUGGUGGAACACUUAUUUAAUAAUAAUGAGAAUCUUGUUACUUAUGGAUUGCAUUUUCUCAUUCCAAGAGAGGAUAUGGUGUCUUUGGUGCAUCCUAAUUUGGUUCGUUGGUCAGUAGUUGAUUGCUACUGCAUUUAUCUAAAUGAAUCGUGUUUUUAUGAUACUUGUGGUCCUCAAAGAUUCUUUUUUGGUGCGAGGCAAAGUUUUGCUUUUUUGCAUGUAUCAGAGGGGAACGAAGAUAGUUCUGCUAGUUCUGUUGACUCGGAUUUGCACAAAAUUUGGGAUGAAUGGGUUACAUAUGAAAAUUCUGGUUGUGAUGUUAUUGGUGCAGACUUGGUUUAUUUUCCUAUUCUUGUUGAUGAACAUUAUGUGCUGUUUGUGAUUGAUCAUGGCAAUGAAUUGGUUCAUUAUGUUGAUAAUAUCAUUUGGAGUGAUAAGAUGAUUACAUAUUUUCAAAAUUUGACUUUUUAUCUGGUAUGUUAUUGUCUGUUUUAAAGUAUGUUUCUAUUUUAAUCUUAUUUUUUUGUUGUUUUUAAUAUUCUGUUUUUUUUUCAGUGUUCUGAAUUUGGUGAUUUUCUUGCACGAAGAAAUCAUCCAAAGAGUGAAAAAGUCCCUUUUUACAAGUUCAAAAUUGUUGAUUUAGUGUGGCGGAAGAGUAAGGUUGAUAAUAAUGAAUGUGGUGUGUAUAUGAUGUGCCAUAUAGAGCAUUUUGUUGGUGAUACAUCGGUUUCUGUAGAUGAACUUAGAAAAGCUGCUGGGAGGAAAUUUUUACGUGCUAAGAUUUGUGCGAAAGUCGUGUUGUCUGACAUGAACGAAUCAAGAUCUGAAGUCUUAGC